AUGCGGGUCAUUCGCAAGAUUGACGACGCAGACGAGCUCAUCCAAUCGUUCUUAGCAUCCGAGGAACUCAUACUCUCUCAGAAUGAUGCCUCGCCGUCACUCGCUCCCCAUGAUCAGGAGCGUUUGCUCGACUUUCCAAAUGCCGAAACUCAAGCAGCGAACAUUGCUGAAUCGACUAAGCUAUCCAAAGAAGAUCUCCUUGAGCGUGCUGUCGAGUCACCCUCGCAGCUGACCGCCGCAGAGAUCUCUCUGCUCAAGAACCGCUACUGGAUGAAUGUCUCGCCAGGGGAGGAACGUGAAGUCUCACGGGCAGCCGGGCUGAUCAUGGGACCCGAUAGAGUCUCAGAAGAGGAGUAUGAACAAGCCCAGAAGCGUCUCGGGGCGGUACGCCACAUGCUCUAUGCAGAAAAUGAAGAGAAAGCCAUCGACAAUGCUAUGGCAGAGCACUGGAGGCGCGAAAAUGAAUCAUGGAAAGCGAGACAGAGGCAGGAGACUGAAAAUGCCUUGUCCAAGGCGCGCCCAUGGGUGAGACGUCUGUGGGAGGAGGACAAAGGGGAGAAGGUUUGGGGCGACGCGGUUGGGGCGGGAAGCAGUGCCAUCAAUAACAAGUGGAAGUUGCAGAAGCUUGAGUGGCCUACCAGUGAUGCUGCAGGUGGCGGCGAGGAGAUGAGCGCCAGACAAGCUGUUGGUCGAGGCGACGCAGAAGAGGAUACUAGUGAGCUGACUAUUGACGAGGACCAGAGAGGUGGAAGAGAGGACGAAGAGAGACUCGCCAGCUUCCGCAUCUUGCGUACAAGGUUCAAUUCUAUCCGAGACAGAGGCACAAGGAGUCAAACACAAGAAGGCAUCGUCUCUGGCGCACCUGUGUAUUCAGAAACCAGUGCUCUAGAAGGCGGCAUUAUACGAAGCGUCUUUCUGAUGGUAGACAAGCCAAGCGUCAAAUCGGCCCUUGGUGCACAUAGGCUCGUCGACGACAUGUGGGUUUGGGCUGUUGACCCUGACCACGACGAUGCGGACGAGACACUUACCACAAACGAUGAACCACGGCAAUCAGAGACGCCCGGAAGAUACAGAGGAUUCAUGCGUGUACGGCUGCAACAGCUUGUCAAUAACUUCUAUGACGUGCGACGCUUUCACCAGAGAGAGUACGCAAUGAAGAAAAUCUGGGAAGCCGCUCAGAAGAGCAAGCAUCAAGCCUUUGUUUCAAUCCAUGAUGUUGAGGCCCGGAGUUGGAGUAUUGAUCGGUUCGUGGGGAGUGCCAUGAGAGCGCAGCCACCGCGGAUUGUAUACGGACCUAUACCAACGACUUCUGCCGAAAAGUUGGUUCACAAAUAG